AUGCAAUCUCUUCCAUCAGACUGUUGUUCCACGGGAACACCGAUCAGACUAAAAUGCGGCACGUGAAGUUCAUCGCUCGCACCGUUCUUGUGCAAAAUAGCAACGUUGAGGAAGCUUGCCGCGUGCUGAAUCGCAUUCUUGGUAAAGAGGAGAUUUUCGAUCAAUUCCGGCGUACUCGGUAUUACGAAAAGCCAUUCCAGACUCGACGACGCAUUAACUUUGAACGUUGCAAAUCCAUUUACAAUGAGGAUAUGAAUCGUAAAAUUCAGUUUGUGCUCCGAAAGAAUAGGGUAGAACCUUUCCCUGGAUGUAAUUAA